AUGGAGAAGGCUAUGAAAUUGUCCCGAAUCCAAAAUAUAUUCUUUUCUUGUGAGAAAGACUUUUUAACGAUAAUAAUUAAUUGUGGAUUGUGUUUAUUUUUUUUUAAAGGAGGAAAAGUCUACAUUACGCAUGCAAUCGUAAUUUUAGCCAAUGUGUUCUCGAUGAUGACAGUGAAUUGGACAAAGAUGAUUUAUAAUGAAGAGGAAUCGAAGUCUAUGCUUUUUGGGGUAUUGCUGUGCAGUAUUACCAUAGGGAUUAUAAGUAUUAGCUUCGUUUUAUUGUCUGUACUCCGUGGUGAGAGCAAUGGGAAUAGGACAAGGCAAGCAGAUUCCUUUUCAGAAAAAGUUAAAAAUAAAGCAGGUGUUGGUUUUGGACUCCUAAAUUUUUCCUCUAUAGGCAUACUGUUUGCCAAUUUUAGUUUCUGGCUAGACACAAUUUUUUUCAGACUUUUUAUGAAUGUUGUGUACCACAUGUUUUACUUAUUUACAAUAUGGAAAGGCUCUAAAAUGGAAAAAGAUGAUACUUUAGUAACAUUUCUUGGAAUUCCUUAUUUUGAAAAUAUAUUGAGUAUUUUUCUUGCUGGUGAACAAACUGUUUUUAUUUUGUCAAUAGAAAACAGCAAGAAAAUGAAUGAAAAUAAGUACAAAUCUAAAAUUUAUUUUAUUUGUGUACUUUUAAGUUUAAGCAAUUUUGGUAUUUGGGGUGGUGACUCCUUUGGUGAGGCAAAAUUGCCUGCACUCAGCUUCAUUGUAGAAAAAUACUAUAGCCAAACGUUUUGGAUAAUCUGCACAAAACUAAUUCUGCCCUUUACGAUUUUUUUUCGAAUUCAUUCAGCUCUGAUGUUUCUUAAAAUGUAUGGAAAAAGGAAAGCUAAUAACCAAACAAAUCCUUCUUUAAAUACCAUCCCCAAAACUGCAAGCUCAGAUUGA